AUGGACAGGUGUUCAGCUUCUGGGCCCUUGGCAUAUCCACAGGACACGAAGGUGGAGAUUCCCAUGGGGACCCAGGGCUGCUUCUCAAAGAGCCUCCUGCUCUCAGCCUCAAUCCUGGUCCUCUGGAUGCUCCAAAGCUCCCAGGCAGCCCUCCACAUCCAGAAGAUUCCAGAGCAGCCUCAAAAGAACCGGGACCUUCUCUUGUCCGUCCAGGGUGUCCCAGACACCUUCCAGGACAUCAACUGGUACCUGGGGGAGGAGACCUAUGGAGGCACGAGACUAUUUACCUACAUCCCCGGGAUACAACGGCCCCAAAGGGAUGGCAGCGCCAUGGGACAGCGAGACAUUGUGGGCUUCCCCAAUGGUUCCAUGCUGCUGCGCCGUGCCCAGCCUACGGACAGCGGCACCUACCAAGUAGCCAUCACCAUCAACUCUGACUGGACUAUGAAGGCAAAGACUGAGGUCCAGGUAGCUGAGAGAAAUAAAGAGCUGCCCAGUACACACCUGCCCACCAAUGCGGGGAUCCUGGCGGCCACCAUCAUUGGAUCUCUUACUGCUGGGGCCCUUCUCAUCAGCUGCAUUGCCUAUCUUCUGGUGACAAGGAACUGGAAGGGCCAGAGCCACAGGGUAUCUGCUCCAGGAGGCCAGGGGUCUCUGUCAGUCUUGUGCCCAGCUGUGUCCCCAGUGCCUUCAGUGACACCCAGCACAUGGAUGGCAACCACAAAGGAGCCAGAAUUGGGCCCUGGUCAUGAUACUGGGGCCUCCCAAUGCACCUGCCCCGAGACCUCUCUGGGGCCCCCUGAACUCCACCCUCAUCAUCUGAGCACAUCGACACCCACCCCAAACCUGCUUUUUCUCUUCUUUUCACCCCUGCCUGCACCUCCACCCCUGCAGGCAGGGCCAGAGAACCACCAAUACCAGGACCUGCUAAACCCCGACCCUGCCCCCUACUGCCAGCUGGUGCCAACCUCCUGACGGGUCCUGGGCCAAGCCAGCUGGGGAGAAGACAAGGCCCCAGCCUCCUCUGGGAGCCUCACGCCUAAGACCAGCAGGACGAGGCCAUCAGGG